GGAGAAAAUCGGGAGAGAGGAGAGAGAAAACGUAACGACGACGUCCGAAAUAAACACGGCGAAAUAUCGAUCCUCCUUCGAGACAAUCAGAUUUCCCACCGUCCGCGCGGUUAUUUCAUCAACACUGUCGUCCAGAUUGUCCAGAAAUGCCUCGGACCGCUGAGUUCUUGUUAGCCAAUCGAAACUCGCGUCGACGCGGAGCGGACGUCACGUCUUGUCGUUCAAUAAGCAUCGUCCUUUAAGUCGGUAACAACACGAAAAGACGCGCGCGGCGCGAAAAGGUCGCACUGUGUUUACGUUGCGCACGUUACGCAUUUAAAAUCACACGUCCGGCGAAACAUUCGGCAAAUACAGUCGUUAAAAUACGUGAGAUUAAGUGAAAUCGGCGGUACAUUUCCCGAGAGAGAUGAACGAGAUCGUGGCGAAAUUUGAGACUUGGAGGGAACUAAUUGAGUUGGAGAAACUACAAGGUGUGUCGGAGGAUGUCGAGAUGAGCAUCCGUGAAUUGAACGGCCAUAUAUUUCAAUUGCUGCUACAAUUAUGUCGCACGGCAGAUAAAUGUGAUAAACGGAAUCACGAGAUUGGGAAGAGUAUUGCUAAAUUAGCCAAAUUACUUUGCCUAUUGAUCACAAGGAUACCUAUAACUUGUAUAAUUGAUGAAAAAUUUGGCUCAGCUUUAUUUCAAAUUGUACAGAGUUUAAUUUCUUUUAAUCUAUACGAGGAUGCUGCAAAUAUUUGUCGUAUAUUACAUAAGCCUCAAUUGGGUACCAGAAGUGAUCUAUACGAGGAUGCUGCAAAUAUUUGUCGUAUAUUACAUAAGCCUCAAUUGGGUACCAGAACUAGAAGUGAUCGUUUAAAUGGACUGGAUAGGAUACCAAUUCUAAAAGAUUUAUGUUCUUUGUGGGAACUGACAACGAUCCGCACAUAUGGAAUGUUUAUAAUCGAGACAAAUACAGAAAAUUAUAAUAAAUUUAAAAUUGUUCUGUUCAAAGAAUUGAAAAUGAUUCAGAUGGCACAUAAAAAUUAUACCAGCCAUGUCCUUUCCAAAAUAAACCAUUACUUAUGUAAAUUAGAGAAACUGAAUUAUAAGUAUAUAAAGUAUUAUAAUGAUUUUAGUAAAUAUAUAUUGGAAUACUUCUCGGAACUGCAGUUGCAUUUGGACAAGGAUGAGAAAUACAUAACAUAUCGCCAUAUACUUAUUUUUGUAUAUCAUAUAGAUAGUUUUAUGUUUGACAUGAAUGGAAUUGAUGAUACAACUGAACGCAUUGAAGAUGCAGCAAAAAUAGUAAAACAAUUAUUUGAAGAGUUUGAAGCCAUUCUGGCAGAGGACGAGGAAUGCUACAAAUGCUUUCAACAAUAUCAAAACUUCUGUAAGGCUCUUUUACUGCCAAUGAAGAAUCUCAUCAGCGACAGUGCCAAAAGUAUACAAAAUAUCAUACAUUGUAAUUUAAAUAUUGCGCAACAAUACGGAUAUACUGGAUGUCUUAAGUUGAAUGCAUUCAGCUUUCACAAGGUAAACAACUUCGUGAUUACCUACUGGAGAAAUUGUGCGUGGACUGAUAAACACAUGCUUAAGCAUUUGCUCGAUUCUGGCAUCUUGCCAGAAUUAAUAAAAUUUUAUAUUCAUCUAAAUACAGAUGAGUUUUACAUCGACCAAGUGUGGAUUGAAUGUCACAGUAGAGGGUGCAAAAACAAAAACUGUAAUAUCAAGCAGGACUUAGACGAUUUUAUAACAAGAAAAAUAGAUAUUUCUUAUUUGAUAAAAGACUUUCCUACUAAAACUUUGCCAGCCGAGGUAUGUAAUCUUGCUAGGAAAAUCUUGGAGCAAAACAUCAAAUCGAUCAUUUAUGAAAUAAAGAAAAGCGAAUGUAUCCGUUGGAUGCAUAACUGGAGUAUUUGCUGUAAAUUAAUUUAUGAACUAGGCAUAUUGUCUGAGCAUGUUUAUGAGGAAAGCGUACAUCUAUUCUCCUUUUUAUGUACCUGCGUCGUUGAACUCGAAGGAAUAGAAUCUAUAUAUCUCAAAAAUUCUAAGAAUCUUAAGAAGAUUACUUCUCUCGGAUUGCACGGACUAAGUGUUGUGCAUUACAAUAAUAAAAUGUACAGAAAAGCCAUGACUGCGUGUGCAUUGAAUGCUUUAUUGACUUGUAAGCAGUCGGACACAAAAGCUUUUCAUAUGUGGAUGCGUAUUAAGGAAAAUGCCCCCAAAGAAGUUGCAAACUUAACUAUGCUGGAGUGCUUGAAAACUAAAGACAAGAUGAAGAGCGAACUGGGAUUUUCAUUCGAUACCUCCAAAUACGAUCUUUCUAAAUUGAUUUUACGUGAAAAAGCGGCAGCAGAUCUCGACGAUUUUGGUAUAUUUCUCGCGACUGGGAUUUCUCGAGUCUGGAAUGAUGUUGGAGAGGAAACGAACAUAGCAACAUAUUUUGAAAUAACAAGCGCAGAUUUUUCUCUUGAUUCUUCUAGUGAUGAAUAAACAUGUUCGUCGAAUAUAAUUAUGAAUUUGUACUGUAUAUCUCUUUAUAUCUCUGAUGUAUGUACACAGAUAUGGCAAUUUUGAUAUGGCAUACGUUGGUUUUCAGCAAGUUCAUUAGUUAUAAUAAUUGUUAAGUAGAAAGUUUAUUGAUGUUGGCAUGUUAGCGCAUAACUUUAAUGUAUAGUUUCAUGCAAGUUUAUGUUUGUAAAGAUUAUCGGUUUUACACAUAUUUUUGUUUCCACAGAUUUUUGUUUUCGCUGAUCUUUGAUGCAUUAAAUUUCGUUUGAAUAUCCUAUGAUA